CCCCCGCCCUGGACACAGGUGGCCUUCAGGGAGGGACCCGGGGUGGGCAGCAUGGGACGGCCGCUGUCCCCCGGGACCUGCCUCCUCCUCUUCCUCCUCGCCCCACUCACCGCCGCAGCCUCAGACGCCGAGAAGACCCCGGGCUACUGGAACGAAGGGGCCAGGAGGAGGCUGGAGGCGGCCCUGGCUUUGCAGCCAGCUGCACGGCGAGCCAAAAACAUCAUCCUGUUUGUGGGUGACGGCAUGGGGCUGCCCACGGUGUCGGCAGCUCGUAUCUACAAGGGGCAGCUGGCCGGUGGCUCGGGCGAGGAGAGCGUCUUGGCCAUGGAGACCUUUCCCCACGUGGCCCUGGCCAAGACCUACACCAUCGACCGGCAGGUGCCCGACAGCGCCGGCACGGGCACUGCCUACCUCUGCGGGGUGAAGACCAACGCUAAGACGCUGGGGCUGAGCGGGGCGGCCGCCUACGGCAAAUGCCGCACCGCCUUCGGCAACGAGGUGGACUCCGUCCUGCACCGGGCCAGGCUGGCGGGCAAGUCCGUAGGCAUCGUGACGACGACGCGGGUGCAGCACGCGUCCCCCGGGGCAGCCUAUGCGCACUCGGUCAGCCGGAGCUGGUACGCCGACGCCGACAUGCCCAAGGAGGCGUUGCGGGACGGCUGCAAGGACAUCGCCUACCAGCUGGUGCACAACACGGACAUCAACGUGAUCCUGGGCGGCGGGCGGGCGUACAUGACGCCCAGACGGACCCCAGACCCCGAGUACCUGGAGGACCCGGCUCAGAACGGCACCAGGAGGGACGGGCGCGACUUGGUGGCCGAGUGGCUCAGCACCAAGCAGGGCGCCCGCUACGUCUGGGACAAGAAGGGCCUGGAUGCGGUCGAUGAGGACUCCGUGAGCCACCUCAUGGGCCUCUUCGAGCCCAAGGACAUGAAGUUCGAGCUGAACCGCAACACCUCCACGGACCCAUCCAUCGUGGAGAUGACGGACAAAGCCAUUCGCAUCCUGCGCAGGAACCCCAACGGCUUCUUCCUCUUUGUGGAAGGUGGCAGGAUCGACCACGGCCACCACAGCGGCCGGGCCAAGCAGGCGCUGAUGGAGGCCGUCAUGCUGGACCGGGCGGUGGCGCGGGCCGGGGAGCUGACGGCGCCCUCCGACACCCUGACCGUGGUGACGGCCGAUCACUCCCACGUCUUCAGCUUCGGGGGCAACACCCUGCGCGGCUCCUCCAUCUUCGGGCUGGCCCCCAAGAAGGCCAAGGACAAGCGAGCCUACACCAGCAUCCUCUACGGCAAUGGGCCGGGCUACAGCGUCCGUGAUGGGGGCCGCCCAGCCGCCAGCCUCCCCGCCGUGGAGGACAAGGACUACAGGCAGCAGGCGGCCGUGCCCCUCGACUGGGAGACCCACAGCGGGGAGGAUGUGGUGGUGCUGGCCCAGGGCCCCAUGGCCCACCUCUUCCACGGGGUGCAGGAGCAGCACUACAUCGCCCACGCCAUGGCCUACGCCGCCUGCCUCGAGCCCUACGCCGCCGAGCCCCAGUGCAGGGCACUCCGCAGGGCCUCCCGUGGCACCCAGGGCUCCCCCCAGCCCCUGCUCGCCCUCCUGGCCCUCUGCGUGGCUGCCCACAUGGUGGGGGGCUGAGAGACCCCCACCGAGCCCUGCU